GAAGGUUGCUUCGUGUGUUCGUGUGGGAGAUUUGUGGCCGAGUUGGACGUCCGACUGUGUGGUAAGUGAAGUGACAUGUAAAUGCAGAUUUUCCUCCGUCGGAGAAGCACACGUCGUCGUCGUAGUCCGCAGAAGUAACUUUCUUGUCCGCGUAAGUGAUUCCCCGAAAACGCUUGGGAGGAAAAGAUUCUCGGAAUACGUUCCGCCCCCCCUUCGUUGCGUGGGUGGUUGGCAACCCGCUGGCCCCCUGAAGGAAACUAUUUCAGCCGAAGUGAAAUCCAGCAGCUGCCUAAAUUGUGGUGACUCCACUUUUCUCUUGCUGGUGCUAGUGUGAGAAGUGCUGUGAAAAAUAAGUGGUGACAAAGCUCCAACAUCAGGAAGCGGAGCUAAAUUUGGUUCCAUAUUGUGCGUUUGGAAUCGGGGUGCUAUUCGUUCCUCCGGAACGAAUCUCGGGAUAAUGGUUCAGAAUGGGAAAUUAUCCGCAGUGCUAGUAGUGAUUGCCGUAAGUUGUUUCGUGUUAGUGGCUAAUGGCUUUACGCUGCAAACGUCCGAAUCGUCUCCCGCUGGGGCCAUAAUCGAGGACGAGAGUUUCCUCCAGAGCCCUCGCUACGAGACGAACGAUGAAUUGCAGGAUUUGUUGGCCCGGCUCCAGAAGGACAAUCCGACCUUGGUGAAGGUGCACAGCAUUGGAUCGUCCCUGGAGAACCGCCCGCUGUUGGUCGUGGAAAUUAGACCGAAUAUCGAUCGGCCGAGGCCACUGCUGAUGCCCAUGUUUAAAUACGUGGCCAACAUGCACGGGGACGAAACUAUCGGCCGGGAGCUGCUCAUCUACUUGGCACAGUAUUUGGUCAACAACUACGCCCAAGAUCCGGAGAUUGGGGCCCUGGUCAACAGUACGGCCAUCUUCCUGAUGCCAUCGAUGAAUCCGGACGGGUUCCAUCGGUCCAAGGAAGGAAGCUGCGAAUCGCCACCCAACUACAUGGGACGUUACAACGCGGCCGGAGUUGACUUGAACCGGGACUUUCCGGAUCGGUUCGACAAUGACAGGGUGCGGCAUAUGCGUCGUAAUCGCCAACAGCCGGAAACCGCGGCCGUCAUGAGCUGGAUCCUGAGCAAUCCGUUUGUGCUGUCGGCUAAUUUGCAUGGAGGAGCCGUGGUGGCCAGCUACCCGUACGACAACUCGAUCUACCACCACGAGUGCUGCGAAGACAGCCCGACGCCGGACAACCACUUCUUCAAGUAUGCCUCGCUGGUAUACGCCCAGAACCACCCCGUCAUGAAGAACGGCAACGACUGCAACGAAACGUUCCAGAACGGGAUCACCAACGGCGCCAAUUGGUACGAGCUGAACGGCGGCAUGCAGGACUUCAACUACGUGUUCAGCAACUGUUUCGAAAUCACGCUGGAACUGAGCUGCUGCAAGUACCCGAAGGCGAGCGAACUGCCGAAGGAGUGGCACAAGAACAAGCGCUCCCUGAUCGAGUACAUGAAGCUGACGCACGUCGGAGUGAGGGGUCUUGUCACGGAUAGCAACGGGUACCCUAUUCAGGACGCCGAUGUCAUCGUAGAUGGAAUCAAGCAGAAUAUCCGUACCACUAAACGAGGAGAAUACUGGCGUCUGUUGGUACCCGGAAACUACAAACUGCGCGUUGAAGCUGUUGGAUUCUACCCCAGUCAGGAGGUUCCCAUCACGAUCGCCGCCGAACAACCGCUGCGCGUCAACUUCAGUCUCAAAUCGUACGACAACGAUGAGAGUGACGGUAAAGUUGCAGUCGCUGAUAAAACCAAGCAUCCGCGGGUGGUACGUCAACAGCCGGACGAGUACGGAUUCCUGAUAAAGCCCAAGUUUGAGCAUCACAAUUUUACCGCGAUGGAAACAAUGAUUCACGAUCUGGCUGGAAACUACCCAUCGAUCACCCGCCUGUACUCAAUCGGUAAAAGCGUUCAGAAGCGUGACCUAUGGGUAAUGGAAAUUACCCGCAAUCCAGGUAAACACAUCCCAGGCAAACCAGAGGUCAAGUACAUUGCCAACAUGCACGGUAACGAAGUGGUAGGGCGCGAACUUCUUCUGCUGUUGGCCAAAUACCUUUGCGAGAACUAUAACCGCACGGAACGGGUAACGAAGCUGGUCAACAACACCCGGCUGCACAUUCUGUUCAGCAUGAACCCGGACGGGUACGAAAUAUCCGAAAUGGACGACAAGGACAACCUCAAAGGUCGCGCCAAUGCAAACAAUGUGGACUUGAACCGGAACUUCCCGGACCAGUUCGGGCGAAACAGCUACAACAUGAAGCAGGAACCGGAGACGCAUGCCGUCAUGAACUGGUCGCUAUCGAUUCCGUUUGUGCUGUCGGCGAAUCUGCACGGCGGUGCACUGGUAGCCAACUAUCCGUUUGACGAUUCGCCGAAGGACUUUGCCUACUCGAAUGGGUAUGGUGAUCCGCGCACCGUUAGUGACCCCACAGAGGAAGACGAGAUGUUCAAGUACCUGGCGCAUACGUACGCUAAUGCCCACACAACGAUGCAUCUUGGAAAACCAUGUCCAACGUACAUCAAGGAAAGCUUCAAGGACGGAAUCACCAAUGGGGCUGCAUGGUACUCGGUUACGGGUGGUAUGCAAGAUUGGUCCUACAUUGUUGGCGGUGCUUACGAACUGACACUGGAGGUAGGCUGCGACAAGUUCCCCAAGGCCGAAGAAUUGCCAAACUUCUGGAUGCAGAACCGUGAAGCGCUGCUGCGAUAUGUGGAACAGACUCAGCACGGAAUCUAUGGUACAGUCAAGAGCACUAUCGGGCAUCCCAUCGCCCAUGCAACGAUCCAGGUGGACAACAUCCAACAUGUCACGUUCAGUACCGAGGAAGGCGAUUACUACCGGAUUUUGCUGCCCGGUUUGUACAACGUUACGGCUGAUGCUGCUGGCUACGAACCACAAACCGUGCAAGUUCGCAUUCCUCCGGAGGCUACAUCAGCAGUGGUUGCAGACUUCCUGUUAAUGCGAGAUGAUCCCCAACACUGGUCCUCGGCUUACGACUAUCGCACGCUGGAGAAUGUGGUCCGAACGCGCUACCACAGCGAUUCCGAGCUGCGUGUUAUCAUGAGUGAAUUCGAGAACAAAAACUAUAAAACCGCUUCUUUGGAAUUCGGUGACAAUGAGGUGUCGAUGGCAUACCCGUCCGUGAAGAUGACUGACAAUAUCGGCACACCAGAGGAAACCAAACUGCACAUUCUCGUUCUCUCGUCGCUUUUCCAAAGUACGGCCAUCGGUCGGGAGAUGGUCAUCAAUUUGGCACGACACGUUCUAGCCGGUUACCGGAUUCCGGAACCAUCGCUGCUCAAGCUGCUGAAGAAUGUGGUGCUCCACUUCGUGCCUAUCAAAAUGGACUCGGAUCAGUUGUUGGAACAGUUCCGCGCCAACAGAAGCGUUUGCGAUCCGGUUGUCAAGGAAGAGCUGGCCGACAAGUUGCUAAGCGCCGAAACGGACCACCAGAAGGACAUGUUGCUCCGGAUGUUGCAGGACGAGGAGUACGAUUUGGCGCUGAACUUUGCCGCGGGUGGUAAUGAUGUAUUCUACCCCAACACCGAUGACAAGGUUGCCAUCUACCCAAGAUUUGCCGAGAAAAUUAAAGGACACAAAUACACCGUGGUGACCAACGAGCAGUGUCCGGAAACGACCUCUCGCCUCUACCAAGCCGAUGCCAUCCAACGUCUCACCAAUCAACUGCACAGUCUCUACAAGGUUCCCAUGUUCACACUGCAGUUGGGAUGCUGUAAAAUGCCACAGGAAGCGGACAUAGCCUCCGUGUGGCGUCAAAAUCUCGAACGAAUGACAAACUUCCUCCGGUUGAUCGACACCGGUAUUAAGGGUUACGUAAGGGAUCCCGCUGGAAACCCGUUGCGCAAAGCAAUUCUCAAAGUGCGAGGGAAUAAUCUGAUCUACAAGGUCACGCCAAACCUGGCUCACUUCCGAGUGGUGCUCCCCUCGGGAUCGAUGGAGAUUGAGUUCAGUUGCGUUAACUACACUUCGAUAAUCCGGCCCAUCCUGUUGAACCAGGACCAAAUUUUGGACAUGGGAGACAUCAUUAUGCAACUUUCGGCCAGGCCAAUGGGUGAGGGCAGCGUAGAACCACUUCACCCGCAACCAGUUAUAUCUACCAGUGUUAAACCGGAAAGACACGGCAGUUUCGCCGUGUUGGAACCGCGUGAAAAAAUGAAGAUUUUCCCUACCGAUGGCGGUUUGACGCAAGGCCGUGUCUCCGGACUUGUUCUUGACGAGGGCAAUCACCCACUCGCGAACUCCAAGGUCUUCAUCCAGAACCGAGUCAACAACGUGACGACGUACACCGACUAUCUGGGCAAGUUCCAGCUCGACGGUAUCAAACAGACAGACUUCGUUCUACACGUGGAGGUCUCCGGGUACACGUCUGACGAACGCACCCUUCAUCUGGAGCCCCUGGCGGGUGGAGAGCUGUCCGGUGUGAUAUUCAACCUGAAGCGGGACGAACGGGUCAUGGGGAUCCCACGGUUACUGUUCGUCAUUCUGGCCGGUUGUGCCUCGGUUGCCAUAAUUGCCUGCGGCGUGAUGUGCUUCAUGUACAUUCAAUCCCGCAGACGGAACUCCCGCUACUACUACAGCUUCUCGAUGCUGCCGCAGAAGGGCGAGCAGACGAAGCGACUGUUCGACGAUGACGAAGACGGCGAAACGGAACUGUUUCGAGCGCCCACUAAAAAGCUCCAACCAUAUUACGAUGACGAACGUGACCCAAUCACCGACACCGAAGACGACAGUGAAGAGGAAAUUGUGAUGCUCAACUCAUCAUUCCGAAGCAGUUAGGCCCAUCUUAGUCCUAUGAUGAGUCGAUGUUACAUAAAUGCUGCCAUCAGUAGGUAACAUUGGAUCCAUUCGCCUGCGGGAUAUAUUAAGGUUAAAUAGCUAAUCUCUACAAAGCUAAAACUGAAGUUCUUUUAAAGUUUGAAAUCAUCGCGAUUCCAAUGAAUUAGUAAGAACUAAUCUUUCUGUUUAGUACUUUUUAAUCGAAUCAUUCCAAUCUCAUGUCAAUUAUCUUCCGCGCGAACAAUUUUCGAAAUAACUAUCCUACUUGUGCAAUCAAGAGUAACUUAACUGCUUCCCCGUAAUGCGCAAGCACAAUGAAAAGAAAAAGAAAAUGUGAUAACUAUAUGUACUGAGAAGAAUUGAAUAAUAAUUGCACAAAAAGCAAUUGGAAAGCAUCAAAUAAAUACAAACGAAGUUAUCUCCUAGUUGAUUAAAAUAUUGUUGUUCAACGACGUGCUCUCCAACGGUUAGAAUGAGGUAUUACUUUAGGCGUUCCAAGAAAACCAAACUCGAAACGGUUUUUUUGUAUGAAACGCUCUUUGAAGCGUUGUCUUGAACUUCGAAAUAUUUUUUGUAAUAAAUGUUAGUAACAAUGUAAA